AUGAAUAAUUUAAUUAGAUAUUCAUCAUCUCUAUUAAAUAGAGUUGGUAGUAUAUCAACAACAACAACAACAACGACAACUACUACUACUUUAACAAAACUUUUUCAAUCAUCAAAUUCAAUCAUAAACACUACAAGAUAUUAUUGUUCGAUUGUAAUAGAAGAGAGAAUAAGUAAAAAGGUUAAACCAUCAAGACAACAACAACAACAACAAAUAGAUAAAUAUAAAAGACAAAAAAAUGAUUAUAGUGAACCAAUUAAACAAAAACAAGUAGAAAGUUUUGAAAACUAUAUAUCAUCAACAGUUAAAGGAGAAGAAGAUAUUAAUUCAAUUGAUGAUGAAAACUUGAUAGAUUCUACAAUAGAACCAUCACCAUUUGAAAUAAGAGAUACACAACAUAUAUAUUAUAAACAAUCACCGCUAUUAUAUUUGGAAAAGAGUGCAUUACAUGAUUAUUUCUCUCAACAGUUGAUGGUAGAUGGAGUAUUUGAUCGAUCAAGAUUAGAGGCAAGUUUGGUUCUACAAGGAUCAGAUUAUAAUCAUCCAACUAUAUUGUUUGGUCUUUUUGGAUGGUUGGAGAAUUUAAAGAUCAAUGAUAUCGAAUUGUUUAGUAUGUUGUUGGAAUACAUGAAACAAUAUAAAAAACAUUCUCGGUUCCUUACCAUCUAUAAAUACAUGCGUGCCAAUAUGGAGGAUAAAUUUACAAUCAAUACUUAUAAUAUGGCGUUGGGUGUAUGUGUGGAUAUUGGAGAGUUUGGAUUGGCAAGAUUGGUAGUCAAAGAUAUCAUUGCUAAAAAGGAACAAGGUGUGUUUAUGAACUCUGCUACAAUGGUUGAGAGAUUGAAAUUGGCCGUUGCAAUGGGUGGAGCGCUAUAUUUGGAAGAGUUGAUCAAAAAGGUGAUGGAUCCAGUCAGAUCGACUUGGUUGACCGAUCGAUCAGACCAACUCAAUGCACAAGUGUUGGAGAGUAUUUUGAAUCAUGGUAAACGUGACGUUGAACGUACUCUGACAAUGUACAAAGAGAUGCGUACUAGAGGCUACGAGAUUGGACAACAUGUAUAUCACACGUUGUUGAUUGGAUUUGCAAGUCUUGCACGAUACGAUCUGAUGGAUCAGAUUUGGAAGGAUUUGGAUCAAAGUAAUACUAUACCACUUGCCAAAACAGUAGCUGCAUUGGUCGUCAUUUUAAAUAGAAAGGAUAUGCAACAAGUUGAAACAUCUCUCUUUAAUCAUGUCAAGAAUAGCAACUACAACUUUUUAUUGGAUACACCCGAGGUGAUUAGUGCACGUACCAAAUUGUUUUGUGCACGUAGAACCGAUGGUCAAGAGAUUGUAUCACUCCUCAAUAACCUAAAACAACGUGGUAAAAUGACGGUGGAACUACUUCAUAUUAUUUUGGCACACAUUUUAAAAUCAAAAGCACCAUGGUCGAAAAAGAUUAUAGAUGAUAUCUAUACUUUGGUGGUCGAGAUUUCAUCGGUCAAGUAUCACUCUAGACCACCCCUCAAACUCUACGAAAUGUUAUUAUCAACUGCCAUCACUAGAAAGUAUGGUACAGAGGUGACAAGAUGGAUUAGAGAAAUGAAUAGUUUUGGUAUAGAAUAUUCUCCAGCCAUCAUUAGUUAUUUAAUGCGUUAUUAUUUAGUUGUCAUUUCAAAAGAAAUUGAAAAAGAAAAAGUAGAAAAGAACAAUAAUAAUAAUUUACUGGCAAAAGUUGAAUUGGAGAAAUUAAUAUUACAAAUUGGACCAUUAAAAGAUCGAGAUUUUGAUAAAUUGGCAGCAUCACUUGUAUUUCAUUUACAAAAUAAUAGUAUUGAAAAGAUUGAACAAUUUGAAAAGAGAAUUGAACAAAUCAAUAGUGCAAAUUGUUUUUAUGCUCAACAAAUAUUGAAUCAUGUCAUUUACUAUUGUUUGUUGUGCAAGAUGGAAGAACCUGCCCUUAGAUACUUUGAAAUGGCAGAAACUUUGGCAAGACAAGCUCGUACCACGGUAUCUGAUCGUGUCUAUUAUCAAUUCAUCGCCUACUAUAGACACCAAGCCAGAGAAGAUAAAUACAUUAAAUGGAUGGACAAGUUUAAACAAACUAGAUACACGUAUAACCCUAUUCACAUGGCAAGAGAAUAUGAAUAUCUAAUCAUCACCAAUAUUGGUACAGUCUUGAACAAAUCAGAAUUAUCUGAACAAUCCAUUCAAGAUUCAAAAUAUAAAAGAAAAUAA